CCACAUUAGGGUUUAAGAAUUGGCGCCCUUCGGAGUGAACCGAACAAUUUGUUCUUGGAGUUCGACCCAAUCGCGUGACCGGGAAUCACAGAAAUCCGAAGCAGAAUGGCAACAAGAAUUGGAUUGGUGCUUCCUCGGCCGGUGACAUUUGUCACCGGCAAUGUCAAGAAGCUCGAGGAAGUUCGAGCAAUAUUGGGCAACUCUGUUCCUUUUCGGUCUCUCAAGCUUGAUUUGCCGGAGUUGCAAGGCGAACCAGAAGAUAUAUCGAAAGAGAAGGCUCGGUUGGCUGCUAUCCAGGUUAAUGGGCCGGUUCUGGUGGAAGAUACAUGCCUCUGCUUCAAUGCUUUGAAGGGUCUUCCUGGGCCAUACAUCAAGUGGUUCUUGGAGAAGAUUGGUCAUGAAGGUCUGAAUAAUUUGUUAAUGGCAUAUGAGGACAAGUCAGCAUAUGCUUCAUGCAUCUUUUCAUUUUCUCUUGGGCCUGAAUCUGAACCCAUCACAUUUGUGGGAAAAACUCCGGGAAAAAUUGUUCGUCCGAGGGGCCCUAAUGAUUUUGGUUGGGAUCCAAUUUUUCAACCUGAUGGCUGUGACCAAACGUAUGCUGAAAUGUCCAAGGAAGAAAAGAACAAGAUAUCUCAUCGCUACCGUGCUCUUGCACUGGUGAAAUCUCACUUUGCUGAAGCUAAUUACACCUACCAGAUCCAAGACUAAAGGUUCUCUCUAUCUUGUCUUGCCAUAACAAACUAUUUGCAAGCUUUUUGCAGCAGUGUUGAUAACUAGAAUUUUCUGUGCUGGUUGUUGGAGCUUGAAAGCCACAAUGCCAUGAUGGGUAUUUGACUUUAAUGCUCUUCUAAAAUAUUCCAAUUUAGAAACCACACUGUGUUAGAUGUGAUAUAUGAGAAUAGUUCUUCCAUUCUAAAUUGUAACAAUAAUUGUUAUUUAUGCAUGAAUGAUGGAUUAGAAGAUGGAUAAGAAGUAGAAGAAAAAACAACAAUAGUUAUAAAAAGCAUAUCUUGCUUUCAAUGCAAUGAAUUGAGAGAAAAAAUUAAGAGAGGUUAGGAGGGAAUGGGGAAACAUCAACUCAGCAUCUUUUAAGUGCAUGUCUGAAGCUGAGGAGUUGUAUUUGCCACUGAAAGGGAAAAUUUAUCCUUCUUCUACUUAGUGUCUCCUUGUACAUAUCCAUUUGGGAUAACUUUUGGGCCCAGAAAUGGAAAUGGGCCCAUUAUAGUACGGAUUUCCAUUUGUAGUCCCUACUACCAAGUAGUACCCAAAUGGGCCCAACUCACAUGCUCUUCCCUAUUUGUUUUUCCAUCAUCCAACGAUGGAAAUUAAUACUGUCCACUGUUUUUAUGGUAUCAUUUUCUGAUCUGUUCA